AUGGAAACUCCACACUAUGACACUGCUGUUGUUGGGCUUGGAUGUGCUGGGCUCGGCAUUUCGUAUUAUUUCACAAUGAAAGGAUGCAAAGUAAUCGGAUUAGAGAAAAACUCGGACUCUGGUGCAAUGGGGACCUCUUCUUAUGGUUUUACAAGAAUUUGGAGAGUAACACAUGCUGAUAAGCUCAGAAACGACAUGAUGAGAGAAUCACUGAAGCUGUGGAGAGAGAUAGAACUAGCUGUUGGCAAAACUCUGUUGGAGAACGGAGCUAUUCUGAAUUUCGGACACCCAGAUUCUGAGUUUUUGAAGGGAAUAUUCAGUCAAUUCCCUGAUGAUCCAGUCAUUGAUGGUGAUGAAAUUAUGAAGAAGUAUCCUGCUUUCAAAAAUGUUCCGAAAGAUUAUAUUGGAAUGGUUACUGAUACAGAUUGAGGAGUAAUGAGAUCUAACGAAUGUCUGCAAGCUGUUAAGCAUCUCUGAUUAGAGCAAGGAGCUAAUUUCCAAUAUAACAGUCAUGUGGUGAAGAUCGAGAAUGAUGCCCAAACUGGGUACUUUAUCAUAACUCUUAGAGACGGGAGUCAGUACAUAGCUAGGAAUGUUAUUGUAGCCUGUGGCUAUCAGACAGAUAAGCUCAAAGACGAAACUAUUGAAGUGAUGUCUUAUGAAGUAGAGAACUUUCACAUUGAAGAAGGUUAUCAAGGCUUACCAGAUGCAUUUCUAGAAGAUACUCCUGACCAUGUUUAUUAUGGGUUGAAGGACGGGGCUGAUCUGAAGUCAUAUAAGAUCGGUCUUCAUGAAGAGAGGAACAUAGAUGCGAUGAUGAGCUAUUUCCAAAAUCGAUUUGAUACGAAUAUUCUCGGGCAUGCUGGAGAAAAUGAAAAGAAUAAACUGAAGAUAAAAGGCUCACAACCUUGAUUUUAUUCAUUUGGGAAAGACAAGAAAUAUAAUUACUCAAGAGGAGCUAAUGGAGUUUACUAUGCCUAUGGAUUCACAGGCACUGGAUUCAAGUUCUUACCUCUCCAUGGGAAGAUUAUGUACAGUCUUGUGGAAGGUGAAGAUACAGGCUUAGAUUACCCAUGGCUUAAGAGAGAAGUCAUGAUUGCAAGAAUUUAA